AUGUCACCCGCCGAGUCCCAAGGAGAUGGCUUCGUAAUUCUGCCAGUGAAGCUACCAGCGCUUCCAUCUUGUCCCAUCACCGCCCUCCACGAAAUCCGCGUCCGACGGAAUGCGCCCAAGAUCCCGACCGAGAUCGACGACCGGAGUCUUUUCCUCAAGAACGUCCCUGUCGACAGUACCGAAGCCCAUUUUCGCCAGGUCUUUGCGGCCCUCGUUGGUCCCGGUCGAUUCGAGAGCAUUGCGUUCGAAGAUGAGCGGAAAACCAGCACGGCGAUCGACCCGGCCCAGGCCGUGAAGGUGACGGGUUUCGGCAAGAAGCGCAAGCGUGACGAGCAGGAGGCAGAAGAGAGAGCAAGGGAGGAAGAGGUCGCCCGGCUACCGGAUAUUUGGACUAGGAGACUGCGCAAAAGUGGCAGCAGCGCCAUUGUCCUCUUGGCCGACCAAAAGAGUGUCGAACUCGUAAUGAAGGCUAUCAAGAAGGCGAACAAGUCGAAGAAGUUCCCCGUCUGGGGGGAAGGGGUUUUCCACGACCUUUCCGAGCUUGGUUCGCAGUGGAUCUCAGCACAUAUCCAGCUGGCUCGUUGCGACAAGGCGGCGACGCAAAAGUCCGUACAUGCCUUCUUCAACGUCUUCAACCGCAAGGAGAAGGAAGCGGCUGAGAUGGCCAAGAGGCUGCGUAACGAGCCGGACGAGGACGGAUUCGUCACAGUCGUCCGCGGCGGCCGUGUCGCGCCAGCGAACAAGACCGAGGCAGAGGAGGCCCGGCAGAAGAUGGUGGACAAGGCGGAGAAGAAGAAGUCGGAGACGACAGACUUCUAUCGCUUCCAGCUGCGCGAGCGUCGCAAGGCGGAGCAGGCCGCGUUGAUGAAGAGGUUCGACGAGGACCGGAAAAAGGUCGACGCGAUGAAGGAGAAGCGUGGGAAGUUCAGACCCGAGACAUGA